AUGGAAAUCGUGCUGGACCAUGUAUAUAUAGCAGGUCGCCCUCACAGACUACAUCACUUCUGCAUCUUCCUCAACAUGUUUGCUAAGUUCAUCUUUGCUUUCGCCUUCGUGGCCAUGGCUCUCGCCCGCCCUGAGGAGACCCCAGGCUAUGAUUAUUCAGCGCCUUCCUCACCCGGCAAGUACGACUUCAACUACGCUGUCAAGGACGACUACUCUAACAACAACUACGGUCACCAGGAGGAUCGCAAUGGCUACGGUGCCCAGGGUUCCUACUACGUCCUCCUUCCCGACGGUCGUCUGCAGAAGGUCACCUACUCCGUCAACGGCGACUCUGGCUUCGUGGCCGAGGUCAGCUACGAGGGAGAGGCCCAUUACGCGGCUCCACAGCCUUCCUACAAGCCGACCCCUUCAUACGCUUAAACGAUUUCUUCGGCAGGGAAUCGUCCAACAAGCCCUCUCCUUACGAAAUGCACGACAGACCGCAGUAUUAUUUAUUGCUUGUAUAACUUUUGUAAAUAAGUAUAUUUAAAAAUAUCUGCAAUGCUCAUAA